GCUGGGGAGAAGCGCGCUUUCCCGCUGCUCUGCCUGGCUGCUGGCUCUGCCCCAGCAUCCCUCUGUGCCUCUUGUGUGCUCUCCUCCCUCCCCUCCAGCCUGUGUCUACCCCAUAUGGGGUUUGUUGCAUAGACUGCUUGCUUGGCUGUUGCUGCUGCUGGAGCGGUAGAGCUGCUUGACUCUACGCUGCUACGCCGCUACCGCUCUGCCUCUCUCCCCCCCUUCUCUGCCUUCUGCCCAACACUCUGUUUUACCGGAUAAUCAAAAACUGACUCUGCCGAAGCAGCGACAGAGGACAAGACAGGAGGGAGGCAAAGCGACAAGGGCUCUUCAUUCAACAGCUGCAUUGUUCUGCGUGUCUGGUUGGUUUGGUUUGCUUUCCUGAGCUGCUGCAAAAAAAACAGUGCAAGGAGCAAUCGGACAGGAGGCGAGCUCUUCUCUUUUGCACUUCCUACCUCUGCUUAUUCCUGGGACAGAGUGGAGGGGAGAAGAGAAGAGGGAGGGAUUGAACAUAGGACUCUGCCUUCUGCUGUACUGCUCAGUGUCCCAGCCUGCUUCAGAGGUACACAAGUCAAGCACAUAGCCUGCAACUAGCAGACUGGAAGACAGACUGACAAGGACUCACAUUCUGUACAUACAGAGGGACAGACAGGGACGGACAGACAGACAGACACACACACCGACAGACAGACAGACAGACAAACAAACAGACAGACAGGGGCUGUCGGUGUAAUGGCGUCAGCGGACAGCACUGGUUCGAGUGUCUCUGGCCGGCCGAGAUCAGGGGACCUACUCCAUGCCGGACUGGCAGUGGCACUGAUGCUUGGUGUGUGGGGCGUUGGUGGAUUGGAGGUUACAACCGGUAAACUGUCAUUAAUUGAAGCAUUAAAUGGCUCCACAGUUCUGCUGCCCUGCUCAUACUCUUCUUGUAUUGGCAUCAAAAACCUUUACUUCAGCUGGAAAUAUGAAAACAACGGAUCCGACGUAACGUUAUGUGAAUCAGUGAUUCCUUCGGAGGACGUGGAGCCAAAGGUCAAAGUCACACAUGAUCGUGUAGAGUUUGUUGGCUCCUCAAAGACUAACAACAUCUCCAUCUUGCUGUGGAACAUCACGUUUGAGGAUGAAGGAGUAUAUGCCUGUUUUGCCAGAAACCCAAAGGAGAAGAAUCGUAACCACACUGCUCGCUUGAUUUUGAGAGUGGUUGACCAAAUGAAGGAGGUUGACAACACACUGACAACCAUGAUUGUCUCAGCGGUGGGUGGAGUCAUUGGCUUAAUCGUCAUUUUCAUGGCGAUAAAGGCUUUGGUUGUCCACUUCCUGCAUAAGGAUGAUGAAAAGAAUAAAGAGUGCCUGGUGAGCUCCUCAGGGAACGACAACACAGAAAACGGACUUUCAGGGGCCAAAGCUGACAAGAAAGGGACACCAAAGGCUUAAGCAAACUGUGCAGUAUGUCUGUAUGUUUGUAUAUAUGUUAGACAAAUGUAUAUUGCUCAGAGAAAAAAGCUGUUAUCAGUGGAUUGUUUUAUCUUACUAGAGGCUAACAAAAACACCUUAUAAAUGUCCGUUUUUAAUUCAUGCUUGAGAUUUGGGAAGUGGGAAAUGUGCGAAGGCCUCGAUCACUCUCUCACCAAAAAGGAGCUCAUUUGUUGCACGGUGUGCAGCCUAUUCCUGGAUUCUUCUCUCAUCGAACCCAACACUUUAUUGACAUGAAGUACUGAUUCUAGUUUGAUGUAUUUGUGAUGUCCAUACCCAUUAAUUUCUUUUUUUUAAUGUUCAGGUAUACAUUCAAACUAAUUAUCGUUAUAAUUUUAAGUUUUCCAAACAUGGACCAGUACAAACCGGACACGUACUUUUGACAACUAACUAAAUUGCCACAGUCUACAUCAGCUGCUGUGAUGAACAGGACAAACCUGCUUAAAUCACUUGGUGAUUUUUAUUUAUUCAUUCAUUUAUUCAAGUUAAACUCAUGUAAGCACUUUUGUCUCAAUCACACUGGCUCUCUGUGACACAUUUGGGGUGCAAGCAACCCAAGGCUAACAACUGAGUUUUUUAUUGGGUGAUGGAAGGAUCCAGUGCUGCACAGAUUUUCUUGUUUUGCUUUAGAUAAACACAGGUGCCUGUUCUGCUUUUGCUCCCUCUGCUGGUGGGAGGAUAAAAACACAAAAAUAUGUCUAAAAAAAAACAAAAAAACACUAAACAACAAAAAAACUAACCCUCUUCAGAGACAAUCCCAGACUACCCAGCUCCAUAUAGAGAGGAAUUACCAUAAUUAUGCUGCUUCUGACUAAUAACCAAUGCAUUUUAAGCAUGUGUGCAUUUUGUAUAACUUCAUAUGAGUACAUGUUGUGCCACAGUACAGAAACAUUUCUGCGUGUCUCUGUACCAAAUCACUCUACCCUCCACAUCAGCCCGAAUUGUUGAAAUCUCUGUCAGUGCCCCUGCCAAUGUUGCAACAACCUUUUUAACUGCUUUAGCCAAGUCAGGACAAUUAAAAGGAAACUUUUAAAGAACUGUCCUGGUUUAAAAAUUUAAGAGUGAUUUAGUAGCCCUAAUUUCAAAUCAUACAAUGAAUAAGUCAGACUUAGAAUAAGAAGUUGGUCUUAGCAGAGGUUGGCAUUAGCAGCUACCGGAUAGAAACAGAAAAAGGAGAGCAACAAAUGUAGUUCUUUAACCCUGUUUGAUUUCACAUCUCAGUUUUUAUGCACAAACUCUUGUUGGCAUGCUUUUAACACGGCCUUGAUGAUAAACCUCAACAAAACACAAAAAAUAGACAACACCUUGAACCUUUGGUUCAACAGACCAGACAAGCCCAUUUCCCACAGUAGAGGGACAGACCACUGCAAAAGAAUGUAAAGACUGUCAGUUAAAAUAUUAUCCAAAUAUGUUGCAAUAUUUAUUCAUUGUUUACUGACUAGCUGUAUUCUAUAUUUUAAAUAACCUGUCAAUACUCAUAAGCAGUGUUUCUCUUCCAGACUUCAGUUAGUCUGGUCUCUAGUUAAUACCCAUGUUUGAGCACAAACAAAUCAAACGGGUGUUGUUGAGUGAAAGUCUCUGCUCCUUCCUUGCAUAGAGUAUAAGUAUAAAACACUUUAUCAGAGUCUAAAGUAGUUUCUUGAAAAUAAAAAAAACUAAAACUAAAACUAAAUUAUAAAGUAUAUAUAUAUAUAUAUAUAUA